UUUAAUAAUAUUUUUUAAUGCAUUUCACAAGUGACAAACAAUAUUCUUCUAACCUGAAAUUUUUUUUUUAACGCACGCACUGACCAUGUGACGAGCCCCUUUUUUACUCAAGUAUCAAAGUGCUGUACAGGCUGAUAUUGCCCGACUGAAAGUGUAGCGCAGACAAACCACAAAUAAAAUAAAAAUAGAUUAAUUCUUUGUAUGAGUCAAAAUGUGUAUUGUACCUUAUCAGAGCUUAUACUCGUAGCGUAGGGGUUUUGCAGCAGAGCUGCCACAGCUCAGUAGUCGUACACGUUGUUUUGAUAAAUAAACAAUAAGUAAUCGGCAUGCCUGUGUGGAAGCGCUGCACUUAAAGUUGGAAUUCUAAAGAAAUCGCGUGGUUUUCUGUGGAUUCUGUUGUAUCUCGUUUUUGCCAUUUACAUUGUGUGGCUGCUACGUCUGCUGUGUUUGCGGCAGUGGCCAUGGUGGACUCUACUACAAUUUUGCUUGUUGUCAUAACAAUUCUGACAGGCGUCUUUGUUUGGUCGCGGCGUACAUAUGUUUACUGGCAACGACGUCGCGUUAAGUUUGUGCGUCCAACACAUUUGCUGGGCAAUCUAAAAGAAGUGCUGAAGUUGGAGAACUCUUUUGCUCUUCAAUUACGGAACUUUUACUUUGACAAGCGCUUCGAGAAUGAGCCACUUGUUGGAAUCUAUUUAUUUCAUCAGCCGGCGUUGCUGUUGCGCGAUCUGGAACUGGUGCGGACUGUGUUAAUAGAAGAUUUUGUCAGUUUCUCAAAUCGCUUCGCCAAAUGUCAUCAGCACCAAGAUAAUAUUGCUAGAUUUAACUUAUUUUUUUCGAAAAAUCCAGAAUGGCGGGAAAUACGUACAAGACUUUCACCCGUUUUCACAGCCGGUAAGAUCAAGCAAAUGUUUGCGCUUAUGGAGGAGAUUGGUACCGACUUGGAAAUAUAUCUCAAUAAAUUGACCAGAAAUUUCGAGAAGCAUAAUGCACCAAUUGUGCAGGUUAAGGAUAUAUGUGAUCUAUACAACACCGAUAUGAUAGCUAGUCUGGCCUUUGGUUUUCGUUCGUAUAGCCUGCGAAAUACACAAACAGAAAUUGGUUUUCAUAGUCGACAGAUGUUUAUGUUGAGCUUUAGACGUGCUAUAGAUUUUUGUGUGAUAUUUUUUUUGCCAAAAUUUGUUAAAUUACUAAAUGCCAGAUUCUUUGCUGAGGAUCAUGCAGAUUUUCUGCGUCGCACAAUAGUCAGCGUCAUCAAGGAACGAGAAAAUUCCGGUAAAAUGCGUAACGAUCUCAUCGAAGCGCUGCUAACGCUCAAAAAAGAGGCCGAUCUUAAUCAGGAUGAAACACAUUUCACACAUCAGCCAGAUUAUUUGGUGGCACAAGCUGCUAUAUUCGAAAUCGGUGGUAUUGAGACUUCUGGUGUUAUGGCUUUUGCACUCUAUGAAUUAGCUAAACAACCAAAGAUACAGACGCGUCUACGUACAGAGAUAUGUAGCGCAUAUGAAGCUUGUUCGGGCAGUUUAACUUAUGAAAAAGUUAUGGAACUGCAGUAUCUAAAUAUGGUGGUCGAUGAAACUCUACGAAAGUAUCCACUUUUGCCAUUUCUGGAACGUGAAUGUACGCCUAUUAACAAAAAACGCUUCUACUCAUUCCGUCCACAUGCCGAGUGUUAUGCACGUCGUGGUAUGCCCGUGUUCAUAUCAAAUUUUGCCAUACACUAUGAUCCAAAGUACUGGCCCAAUCCAGACCUCUUCGAUCCAGAACGCUUUACAACAGAACAGAAAAAGACACACAAACCAAUGUCGUAUUUGCCUUUCGGUGCUGGCCCACACAAUUGCAUUGGCAUGUCCAUAGGUCUGUUGCAGCUGAAAUUGGGACUCAUACACUUCUUACGGGAACAUUGUGUAGAAUUUUGUGAAAAGACUGUUGAUAGCAUUGAAUUCGAUAUGAAAUUCGCGCUGCUAUCAAAUAAAGACGGCAUUUAUUUAAGAAUUGUUAAAUGUGUAUAGAUUAGGAACUAUUUAA